AUGGGCCACCGGUGCUGUGGGAAACACAAGGUAAAGAGAGGUCUUUGGUCGCCGGAAGAAGACGACAAGCUCAUCAAACAUGUCACCACCCAUGGCCAUGGCAGUUGGAGUUCUGUUCCUAAGCAUGCAGGAUUGGAGAGGUGUGGAAAGAGUUGCAGGUUGAGAUGGAUAAACUACUUGAGACCAGAACUAAAGAGAGGCUCCUUUACUUCUGAAGAGGAACAGAUUAUUAUUGAUGUCCAUAGAAUCUUAGGCAACAGAUGGGCACAGAUAGCGAAGCAUCUACCAGGAAGGACAGACAAUGAAGUGAAGAACUUCUGGAACUCUUGCAUUAAGAAGAAGCUCAUGUCACAAGGUUUGGAUCCCCAGACUCAUAACCUGAUGUCUUCUCAUAAAAGGUCAGUAGCUUUUAAUAAGUUUGCGGGCAGCAACGAAAAAUCACAAUCUCAUAUGGAUCAAAAGAGACCAGCUUUCACUGUGAACAAUAUGUCAAAAAUGAUAGAUUCUUCAGCGGAAAUUUGCUAUUCAGUUUCACCACCCAUUGUACACCUGUCCAAUGAUCAACUUCCCAAUGUUCAACCCAUAAUGGCCACACUCGCUGAUAACCAUUAUAAUGUUCAAAACUGUAAUUCCGGUUGGAGUAGUGUUUCCGAUAUUCCUACCUUUCCCGAUAGCACAUUCAACAUCUGCUCGGCAUCGUCUACCUCAGUAUUUGGGCACUUGGAUGAUAGUAGCUGUAUAUGGGCCACUGGUACUGAGCCCUAUGAACCAGCACCAGGAGCAAUGGAGCUGCAUGGAGAGCAGUUACAGGGACAAGUAGCACGAGUACAGCAAGAAAAGGAAAAGCUCUUGGAGAUGGAAAUGAAGGCUAUGCAGGACGUGGAUAUUGCUGCUUCGUUUGAUCCGAGUUCAGGCUUUGAUGUUAGCCUUGUUGAGUACUACUCAGCACUCAUGUCUGGAGUCGUGCCACAUGAUUAUGUCAACUACUCUGUCGCAGAUUUUACAUGGAACUUUUAGUUUUAGACUCGCUAUAUGUGCAUGUAUAUAUAUAACUAAGGCUUUCCUAUUUUAGGUCGCCGGUUUGAAAUUAUGAUGAUGUUUUUGGGAAUUUUUUUCAUAAACGCUGUACUCUAAAUUAAAGGCAAUGAA